AUGGCCACUGCCGCUGCCGCCGCUGCGAACCCGAAGCUUCGCUUCUUCCACCACCCCUCUGCGGCCGAGGUCUCCCGUCACCUACUCAAGUUCCCCGGCCCAUCCCAUCCACGGCACCGCAACAUUCCGGCUUGUCAGUACAUAUGGCGCGGACUUCCGUUGGCCCAUUCCCACCGCAAUAGAGUACCAAUCCCCAUCAUAACCCCAGACCAGAGGAUACGAAACGUAUCUGUCAACCAAUACGCCCCAGAGCGAGGAUAUCACCGAGCAUUGGCCCCUCAGGCCGUCCCGUCCUCGGCGCCUCGUUCGGAGAGCAGAGCGGAUGCUACACUAGCUUCCUACAAAUACCUACUUGGCCGCGCUAAAGACGGGGCGAGCAGAUCCGAUCCUGUCAAAGCUGGGGACGUACUGCGCGUAAUCUGA